AAGACGUUCGAUUGUUUGCUGUUUUGCUUUUAAACGUCCGGGACCUCCAAUUACGAACCCUUAUGGGUUCUUGUUCGUGUGUUAUCACGAAUUUUGGCAAAAAGAAAGCUCAUAGAGCACAGAUAAAUGAAAAAAUCGUUUAAUUAUUAUUAAUAUUCGUAGGUAACUGCUCUAGUUUUAGAAACCAUAGCAAUUAUAAAUAAUUAAACGACAGAUCGAACGACAAUCAGUUCUGUCACAUUUUAAAAUAACACCAAACUAAAUUAAUCAAUUAAGAUAUUUCUUAUCGGAUGAGCGGUCUUAAAUCGAAAACAGUGGGUAAUAAUAAUAAUCAAACGAGUACAUUGAUUAGCCAGCCCUUGUCCUGUCCCUGGUCUUCUCGAGCGCCGACAUCGUCGUCAUCCUGGCUGAAAGGAAACGGUGGUCCCUCGAUGACCUUUAAACUCGAUUCGACGAGACUCAAUAGAGGAAUCGAGAUUUCUCGUCCUCUGAUAAAAAUGGCUUGCAACAACAGUCACCAAUUGAAUGUGCACAGUUAUUACCCCAUUCCGCCCUCUACCUGUUUGCCCUCCCAGAAUUCAACGACUCAGUUUUUCCAUUUUUUCCGCCUCAUGCAACUCUUUCCGGAAGUUCAUCCGGCUACUUUGCACACCGUGUUGUUUAUGUGUAAAAAUGACUUUUUCUGUGCCGUGGACAAACUUCUGUACAUUAAACGACUUCGACAAGUCGGUAAUAACAAAGGUAAGAGUUUAAAAACGUGCCAGAAUAAUCUCAGGACCGUGCAGCAUCCCUAUUGGAAUCUUACCCAACCGGGGGACAGAAUCAUCCAGCGAGAUCCGCCUGAUGUACCUAAAAAACCAGUCCAAAAGGUUAUUUUUCUUCCCCAGCCGAAAAGCGAUCAGAAAAACGCCAGAAAUAAUAACCCCAGUACCAUACAAGACGUCAAACCGUUCAUACAAAGUUUAGAUAUUGGUACUAAAAGUGUCGAAAAUGCUGAACCCGAUCAUAAUAUGUCACGAUAAGCCUUAAAAACGUAUUGUUUCUUUUUCGUUUCUUCAUUUGUUGUUAUAUCUCGUAGAUAAAUACACUUUUAUUUGUAG